AUGUCGGACCUCCAUGGGCGCAAGGUCUUCAAGGUCUUCAACCAGGACUUUGUCGUUGAUGAACGGUACAAUGUGACCAAGGAGCUGGGUCAGGGAGCCUACGGCAUCGUUUGCGCCGCUGUGAAUGCGCAGACAAACGAAGGCGUUGCCAUCAAGAAGGUGACAAAUGUGUUCAGCAAGAAGAUCCUCGCAAAACGUGCUUUGCGGGAAAUCAAAUUACUCCAGCACUUCCGAGGCCAUCGCAAUAUUGCUUGUUUAUAUGAUAUGGACAUCCCCAGGCCAGAUAACUUCAACGAGACUUAUAUCUACGAGGAGUUGAUGGAGUGUGAUUUGGCUGCUAUUAUCCGCUCCGGCCAGCCCUUGACGGACGCCCAUUUCCAGUCUUUCAUCUACCAAAUCCUAUGUGGUUUAAAGUACAUUCACUCGGCCAACGUUUUACAUCGAGACCUGAAACCUGGGAAUCUGCUCGUGAACGCGGACUGCGAACUUAAAAUCUGUGACUUUGGUCUGGCUCGAGGUUUCUCGAUUGAUCCCGAGGAGAAUGCCGGCUAUAUGACCGAAUACGUCGCUACACGGUGGUAUCGUGCUCCCGAGAUUAUGCUGAGCUUCCAGAGCUACACAAAAGCCAUCGAUGUCUGGUCUGUGGGCUGUAUUCUCGCCGAGCUGUUGGGUGGUCGUCCAUUCUUCAAGGGCCGCGACUAUGUCGACCAACUCAACCAAAUCCUUCAUUACCUCGGUACCCCUGCUGAAGAUACCCUGUCUCGAAUUGGAUCGCCUCGUGCCCAGGAAUACGUUCGGAACCUACCAUUUAUGCCAAAGGUUCCAUUCCAGCGCCUCUUCCCCAACGCCAACCCGGACGCCCUCGACCUCCUUGACCGCAUGCUUGCAUUCGACCCUUCUCAACGUGUAACCGUCGAGGACGCCCUAGAGCAUCGCUACCUCAACAUCUGGCACGACGCGUCCGAUGAGCCUUCGUGCCCAACCACUUUCGACUUCCACUUUGAAGUUGUCGACGAUGUCGGCGAGAUGCGCAAGAUGAUCCUCGACGAGGUUGUCAACUUCCGCGCCCUUGUUCGCCAACAACAGCAAGCCGCCUAUCAAAACCAACAGCAACAGCAAGUUGCACAGAAUGUCCCUAUUCCAGAGCACAGCCAAGGCACAUGGAAACAAGAUGAGCCCCGGCCACAAGAAGCACCUCUUCCCGGUGCAGGUCAGAACGACCUCGAGGCAUCACUCCAGCGAGGUAGUGACUUUGCACAUUAA